GACGAUUAACGACUAUCAGAAGCAACUGGUCUCGGGUCGCGACUCACUCCUUGGCAGACGUGGAGUUAGAGAGAUGGCGUCACCUGCUCUGCUGCAUUGGACUCUGGUCAUGCUGAUCUCAUUGGCUGUUUCAUCAUCUUCAUGCUACAUGACGGGCAAUCUUGCCUUGAAUGCCCCUACGGUGCUGUCCUCCACCUGGGGAGGCGGACCAGAACACGCAGUUGAUGGCAUACAACAUGGAAGAGACAUUUUUUUUACCUGCACUCACACGAAUAGUGAGGAAGACCCCUGGUGGCGUGUUGACCUGUCUCACCCUUACGACAUCACCAUGGUUACCAUCACCAACCGCAAGGACUGCUGCGAAAGCCGAAUCAAUGGAGCCCAAAUCCGAAUCGGCAACAGCCUGGAAAACCAUGGCAACAACAACAUGCUAGCUGCUGAAAUCGCAUCCAUACGAAGAGGGGAGUCAAAAACGUUCAGGUUCGACCCUGUGGAAGGCCGUUAUGUCAACAUCUUCCUGCCAGGCAAAGAAAAAAUACUGACCAUCUGUGAGGUGGAAGUGUUUGCCGGGAGUGAAGAUAACCUGGCUUUGCAGAAGCAGUCUAUUCAGUCCUCUGUAUACCAUCUCACCGGAUCCUCCAAGUUUGCAGUGGAUGGAGACAGGACCUCCAAUUACUACAUUAAACCAUGUGCUCACAGCGUCGAGGAGGACAACCCCUGGUGGAGAGUUGACCUAGGGAAAAGCUUCCACAUCUCCCGAGUCACCAUCACCAAUCGGGGGGACUGUGGAGGACACUGUCUAAAACACUUCGAAGGAACCGAAAUCCGUGUUGGUGACGACCUGUUCAAUAAUGGCAACAACAACACACGGGCUGCAGUUAUUGAGCAUAUGGCAGCUGGAGAGACGAGGGCAUUCAACUUCCAGCCUAUUAGAGGGCGCUAUGUAAACCUGUUCUUACCAGGACAAUCGAAGAUGCUGACAGUUUGUGAAGUCGAGGUGUACGCCCGUCUUGACAGGAAUGUUGCCCCAAGAGGAAGAGCAACCCAGUCCAGUCUGAUCCUUGGAGAGAUGGCCAGUUUUGGCCACGCUCUGAACGCCAUUGAUGGGAACGCCAACCCAGACGUGCGGAAGGGCUCCUGCUCCAUGACAGAGCGCGAGACUGACCCCUGGUGGCGGCUAGACCUGCUGGAUGGAUACAGCGUUACUGCUGUGGCCCUGACCAACCCCAAAGCUGGCUCACCCAAGGGGCUGAACGGAGCCCAAAUUUACAUUGGAGAUUCCACCAACCCUGCAGAAAAUACUCUGUGUGCAAAAGUGACGUUUGUGCCGCUUGGUGAGACGGUGCGCUUUGACUGCCUGGAGGAGAGGGUGGGCCAGUAUGUGACUGUGAUGCUGCCGGGGGAGGGGCGCUCCCUCAGCUUGUGUGAGGUGCAGGUGUUUGGAAUUCCAGCCUCCACCCAUCAGAGCAACAACGGAUAAUUGAGAAGAACAAUUUCAGAUUUUUGCUCACAUUUCCUGCGAGUGCAUUUUAAUUGUAAAUCAAAGCUUUACUGGCAAACCUAUUACAUGGCAUACAGUAUCUCUAUAUAGGCUACUUAAAGAAUCUCUGUUUUAAGUCUAAAUCAAAGCUUUACUGGAUGUGAGUCAUCACACCCUUUGUGUCCACAUCCAUCCUCAAGCCCCUUUGAGUGAGAGAGAGAGAGAGAGAGAGAGAGAGAGAGAGAGAGAGAGAGAGAGAGAGAGAGAGAGAGAGAGAGACGGGAUUUUAGCUUGUGCUAGCAUGAUUUGCUUGAAGAGAGUGUAUACCGAGCUCAAAAUCUUUUAAGUGUCUUACGUGUCUUUUUUCCCUGCAUGAAAUAAACAUCACCUUCAUACA